CAAGCCCGCGGACGGCUGCAGAAAGCGAGCCUGCCGGGGCCGGAGGCGAAGGAAGGGAGAGCGGCGCAAGAGCGCUGACGGGAGCAGGCGAGCCGCCCGCUCUGGCCCAGUGCCACCGAGAGGAGGGGCAGCAGCGAAUCCCCAGAGCCCAUUAAAAAGCCAGGCUGAGGAGAAGCCAGGAGAAGAAAACACCUCCAUAGAAGGCAGCAGCAGCAGCAGCAGCAAAAGAAGCAGCACAGCCAACGAGGCGACCAAGACCCGAGGGGCUUCUCCUCUCCCCGCGGCGCGAUCCUCUCCCCGAGCGAGAGGCCGACGACGCGGAGAGUCAAACUUUCGGGGCUGGGCUGCAGAAGCCUCGCAAGUGCCCCCGGGACCGCCACAGACGCCGCAGAACUCAGCAGAUCGAGCGCGCGCGCGCGCUCUCGCGUGCCUGGAUGAGGCGGCAAGAGCUGUGAGCAGGAAUCUCGCCCACCCGCCGGUCCGUCAGUUCGCCCGCCGUCCCUCCCUCUCUGCAAGAUGAGUGCUACGCUCCCGAGCCUCCUGGCCUCGCUGGCCGUGUUGCUCCUCGGCAGGAUGGACCGCCUCGCCGACGCCUGCAGCUGCUCCCCGGUGCAUCCGCAACAGGCGUUUUGCAAUGCAGAUGUAGUGAUCAGAGCAAAGGCUGUCUCUGAGAAAGAGGUGGACUCUGGUAAUGACAUCUAUGGGAACCCCAUCAAGCGCAUCCAGUAUGAGAUCAAGCAGAUCAAGAUGUUUAAAGGGCCGGACCAGGACAUUGAAUUAAUCUACACAGCUCCUUCCUCAGCAAUGUGUGGGGUGUCGCUGGAUGUUGGCGGCAAGAAGGAAUAUCUGAUUGCAGGCAAAUCGGAGGGCAAUGGCAAGAUGCAUAUCACGCUGUGUGACUUCAUUUUUCCUUGGGACUCCCUCAGCGCUACCCAGAAGAAGAGUCUAAACCAACGGUACCAGAUGGGGUGUGAAUGCAAGAUCUCCCGCUGCCCCUCCAUCCCCUGCUACGUCUCUGCUCAGGAUGAAUGUCUGUGGACUGACUGGGUGACGGAGAAGAACAUCAAUGGGCGGCAGGCAAAACACUAUGCCUGCAUCAAGCGGAGUGAUGGUUCAUGCGCGUGGUACCGUGGAGUGGCCCCACCUAAGCAAGAGUUUCUUGAUAUCGAGGACCCUUGAGUCCCCAGGGCCAUGGAAGUCCAGUAGACAAUAGCAACAAAGCCUGCAAGAAAUUAGACUGGUCCACCUCUGACAUCACUUCCUGGAAACAGCAUGAAAAUAAGGUCUCCUGGGUAGGCACAAUGGUGGUAGAGGGAGGGGCUAAGGAAGGGGAUGUCUAGGCCACUUGUAUGUUGCUUAGUCAGUUUCCUCUCCUUUGUUGUGCCGAUGGGUAGUUUCUUACUAUCUGAAUCAUAGUUGUCAACAUGCCAAAGCACAGUGGAGGGAACCAGAAUGAACAGCAUGAGUCGCUGAGAGGUGUUGCCUCUGAUUCUGUGUAGCAGGCCUACCAGGUUCUUAUUGCCUUGAGAGGGGGCAUCCUUCCCUGUGGGGGCAACUCCCAUGCUCUCUGUUCCCCACCCUACUGACUUCUGCCUGUGUCAACCCCAUCUUACCCUCUAACACACAUAACAAAUCAAAUUCCUCCUCACUCAGUGCUUUGUGAACAUCCCACCCGCUUUUUGCCACAUUUACUUACACACACACACACACACACACACACACACGAAUCAAUUGACCUCUUAGCCCCCUUAACAGAAGACAAUGGUUUUGUCGCAAUGUCUCCUUCUAGCAGUGAAGAGAGUUACAUUUCCUCUCCAAUGCCAAAGCACCCCAUGGAGAAUUAGCCAUCAGAGGGCAGUCCCUGCUUUCAGGAACAAUAUUUUUGGGAUGAGGUCACAAGGUUAGUUAGUGGUCAUUAGGCCCUGCCUAUGUGUGUAGGUGAGAGUUGUAGGCAGAUUCUGGCUCUGCAUUCUCAGCUAUAAUGUUUCAGUAAAAGAACAUUCACAUGAGAAUCUGAGUUAGCCCAACAGACUUCCUAGUCAAAUCAUAUGCUGGGCCCACUUCCUGUCUCAUGCUUGUGCCAUUGAUAUGAUUCUGGUGCCAAAGCCCCUCCCAGCCAGCAGAAAGACUUGCGAUUCCCAUUAAGUGUUCAGUAUUAUGAGAGUCCAGGAGCUCCACUCUUCUUCGACAAUUCAUGCUCUACAGAGUAAUUUGUUUUUGACAUGGCCAACAUUUGCUUCAGGCCCCAGAAAUUGGCACUUUGUGGCAAAAGCUCUCAGGAGGCAAGAGUUUGUGUUCUCCUGCCAAAUAUGCAACUACAAGAGCCAGCAAGUCAAACCAUACCUGUCUAAACUGUGAGUGUCAAUGCUGUGUGAGGGGAACAAAAGAGUCCCUGGCUGUCUGCAAAAGAAUCACUUCACCCAGCUCUGCUUUGGUCCCUUUCCGGCCUCUUCUGAGCCAGUUGUGUUCCUUUGCUGUGGCCCCUGAACUCUGCAUAGCCUCCCCCACCCUGCCUGCCCUUUUCAUUAUGCUCAAUCACAACUGGGAGGAGUUCAGCCAGACCUGCCCCCUUGCGGCCUUUUCAUGCUGUUCGUCAAGGUAUAGUUUUUAAAGAUGUCAUCUUGGACCAGUCUGUUUGAUUUCAAUAUAUUUUAAAAAUAAGAAAAAGGAAAAAAAAAUCUGUUCAAUCCAAUAUAAGACUCCUGUUUUGCUUCCUGUAUGGUUAUAUCAUAUGUGACAUUUACCCCAUUCGUUCUCGUUCUCUCUCUCUUUCUCUCUGCUGAUUGUUUUUAACGUUUUCCAUUUGUUUUGGCAAUCAGUUGUAUCAUUCCUGUGCUCUAUACUUCUUUUUAAAAAUUUCCUUGUUUAGCGGUUAGAUUUGCACUUAUUAUGUUUUAAAGGGGUUCUGCAUUGGAAACUUUCAACAUACAGUGGGAAGAAUGUCACCAUGUUAUGGAGGGUGGAGUCCUCCAGUUUUUUUUCUGAAUGCCAGAAAUGGGGGUGAUAUUUCUCCGUCUGUCUUCUUCCUUAUGCCCCUGUAACAUGCACAGGUCUUUUCUAGAAGUUGGAGGCUGGCUGUGACGCAUGCGACUGCUUCUUGCUAGCCAAAUAGCAGUAAUGUGGCUGCCAGUGAGCAAGAUAAAUUUGCCAUUCCAGUGUGAAAAGCAACCAUUGUGAAAGAUCUAUUUAUGGAAAAGCAGUUUCAAAGGCUCUUCAAUUGGCUUAAUUUAUAGCUGUGGGUUUUUGUACCACACCAAUCCUUCCCUCAUGUAGGGGUGUGAGUGUGUGUUUGUGUGUGUUUGUAUGUAUGUAUAUACACACAGAGAGACACAUACAGUUCCCCCUUCUUCAUGCCAGCAACUCAAAAUAUUUUUUUAAAGUUUACAUUAUUUUCAAAUAUUUGCUUAGUAAGUAUGAAAAACAAGUAUCUAACUUGCUGCCAUAAUUUAAAGCUUAUUGGGGAGCUGGGAUGUUGUUUGGGGGUGAAGUAAUAUUGGGUGGGUGGGGACCUUUUUUUUUUUUUUUUUUUGUUUUUUGUUGGAUUCUGAAAGCUGAGAUUUUCUUGUGCUGGGAACACAUGAAAGUUGUUGAAUAGACAAGCAGACUGCGCAUGUCUCCGACGCUUUGUAUAAUUCAUACAUGGACAUUUGGGUCUUCGGACAAUAAACAGUAUUAUCAGAUAAAAUGAG